AUGCUUUCACCAGGCAAUAGCAAUACGGAUGUUCGGAAGUCGCCGACACUUCUUUCAGCACCUUCCAGUGCUAAACUUUCUGUCGGAAGUUCAGUAGGAAGAGCAAAGCCAGUUAGGAUGGCAUCCCGAAUGUUAAUCUCCCAAAAAACUACAACAAAUUUACAUAAUGAGACGGUACAAUCUAUAUCCUCGGACAAGACGUCUCAAAAUCAAAGUGUUUCUACGAGCACAAUGGCAGAGGAGACUAGAAAAAUUAUUGACAUGCUUCGAAAAGAAAUUGAUACUCUCAAAUACGAACUUACGAAUUCUGAAACUGAAAAAGAAACCUACGUGUUUCAGAUUGGUGAAAUUAAAAAGAAAAAUAGAAGAGAUUUGGAGAGGUUAGAGCAAGAACUUCAAGAAAGAAAGGAAAAACAGCUUAGCAUGGAAGAAAAAUUGUCACGAGUGGAGCAAAUCGAAGAUGCAAUUAUUAAAUUAUAUCUCGAGUUGAAAGAUAGAAGCUAUGAAGUUGUGGGAAAUGUGGAGGACAUCAAAGAAAUCGAAAUGAGAGAAAAAGAGGAGCUGAAGAAAGAAAAUCCCUUAGUAAUACUGGACCGAUUGAAAGCAAAUCUUCGAACAUUACUAGUUUUUAAAGAUGACUACGAAAACGAGCUUAAAGAUCAGAUACGACGAAGGAAAACUGAAGCGGAAUAUAAGGUAGAAGAAUUGAAAAUCAAAAUUGAACAACUGGAAAAAGAAAAAGAGGAAUAUAAACAAGCAGCGAUUCAGGCUAUUGCGCUCAAAGAUGAAGCUCAGCAGAAGCAAAAUGAGCAGGCAGAAGCUUUUGCGGAAGAAAUUAACGCUAUCAAGAACGAAAACGCAAUGCUUGCUAACAUGAUUGCGAAAAAGGAACUAGAUAUCGACAAGCUUCAUGAAAUGAUUGAUCGAAGAGAUUCAAUUUUGCGUCACAGAGAGGUGCAAAUGAUGAAAAUAACACAGCUAGAAAGUAAAAUUAAGAAUGAUAAAACGAAGCAUCAAUUCGAUAUUAACCGAGAGAAGUCUGAAAAGUACCAAGUUUUGAAAAAGUAUGAAAAUGAUAUUAACUUUUAUCAAAAGCUAGAGAAUGAGAAAAAGAAAUGGAGAAUGAGUUGA